GAGGUGAUAAAAGCUUGGGGAGGAAACUAAUGCCUCCCCAUGAUAGGAAACCUUUUUUCUUUUCUUUUUCAUAUAAAAAAAAUGAAAUAACAUUUUAUUUCACAUUCUUAUAUAGUCAUGCUUCUGAAUCAAAAAUUCGGUACUUUGUUGGGAUUCUCAUCCCUGCAAUCAAAGUUUUGGUUAAAUUGGAAUAUUUGCUACUUGAACUGCAUUUUUCAAUCGAUCAAUUUUCGAUUUCUUGGAAUUUAGUUUUCCUGUUUCUGGUAGGAUCAAAAUGCCUUUAUCCAGCUACUGAUCUCUCAUAUUCUUUUUUCUUCUUUUCCAUUCUGACAAAUCCACUUACUCGGCUUCUUAUAUAUGAUAUAAUUUGUGUAUCUAGCCAAUGAAACUAUUUGUUAAAGAGUAUGCUUGAUGAAUUAGGAGAUCAAUAUAUGAUGCAUAAAUUCAACACUUUGCGAGGUCUGUGGGUGAUCACUCCCACAAAGCCUUAAGCCACUUCUUCAAAAUCCCCAAUCCCAAAAUACCUCCUCUUUAAUUCAAUUAUAUAUCCUUUUUCUCAAUAUGGGUUCCAUUCUUCAGCUUUCCACACCCUUUAUUUCUUACGCUUGAAUAGUGUUUAUAUAGAUCACACCUUAUGUUGUCCUUUAACAUCAUAAUCUUGUGUCAUAGAUGUUGGUGUCAGUAAAAUGAUCAAUACCCAUGUGGAGAAAUCAGGUUGAUAGUCGAGUGUGUUUGACAGUACCAGUUUGGUGGAUUUGUAAGAUGAAGUUGCUACCUAUGAAUGAUGCAGGGAUGGUGUUUGAUGAAGUUCCAGUGAAGAACAUUGUUGUGUGAAUGCUCUUUUGUCGGUUUAAGCUAAAUGAAAAGUUUGCAGAGUUGACAACUAACUAUGUUAUUUCAGUUGGGGAAAAAAAAUGACUAUUUUCAUUCUACAUGUAUAAAGAAAAUAAAACUCCACCAAAAAAGUCAGAAAAAAUAAGUGUGAUUGAAAUUGGAAUAAUGCAAUGAUAGGUGCUCACCAUGCUUAUAUUCUUAAAAGAAAAUUUUAGGUGGUUUAUUGAUCCCUGGGAAAAACUAUAUUGUGAAAUCAAAUAAUUGUAAAUGAUCCUUAAUAAUGCAGGCUUACAUUUGAAGAGUUAAAUGAAAUUAUUAAUAUUAUUGUGUCUCCUGCAGGCUUUUGUAGCGUCAGGUAUCUAAAAAAGGCAAGUAAGCCCCAUGAUUAAAUUUUUUUUAUAGGAUUUUUGCAGAUAAGUAUUUGAAUCAAGGUGUCUCAUCCUUGCUAUGAUAUGCAUAAUCCAUUGAUCAGUUCAAGAAAUAACCAUCUAAAGAAAUCUAAUAUCUUUGACUUAAAAAUAUAAGUUGUAGUCUCUAUUAUCAAAAUUUGUGGGGUAUAAUGUUUUUAAGUAUCUAUGCAGUUAGACCUUUGCUUACAAAUAUUAGGUGCUGGUUGAAGGACAAAACCAUGUGAUCCCUUGUGCCGAUGUGCAUCACCAUACAAGCUGCUGUUGAAGAUUUAAUAUCUGCCCUUGUUUAUUUUAGGUGCAACAGUUGGUGAAGCUGCUUUGGCAUCCCAACAGGUACCCAUUUUGAUUAAUGUUUAUGUCUACUUCUGUGUCUGCAUUUGAACAGAAAUAGAAAGUAUAUAUAUUUCUCUAUAUGCGGCCUUAUUUUGAUAGGAAAGAUUAGGUGCCCCAACAUGCUUCUGUAAUUAGGCCAUGACUUUGCUUCAAUGAAAAAAACUCCAUAUGCAGUCCUUAUUUCUUUAAUCCAAAUUGACCUAUGUAGGCCAUCUUAUCUUAAAUGCUGAGGAAUUUGUUUUUCAUCAUAAACAAGCUUUUUCUUAAUUUCAAUUUUGUUUAAUGAUUGAAAAGCAAUCCAUGUGGAUUUUCAUAUGCUUAUGUUUCUGUCUCAUAAUGUGGUCCCGAUCCAAAUGCCUCUUCACCACAAAAUUAAGAAGUGAAGAAUUCCCACAGAGAGCCAUUCAUCUAUAUAUACAUAUCUUAGCAUCCAACCAAACAGAAGUCCUCACAACAAUCUCAACAAAAAUCUCAAGCUUUUACUUGUUACAUAGAACCUAGAAUCUCCUCUUAACUUCCUCAAUCAAGAGAAAAGGAGAACCCUGCCUGAACCAUGGCAGUCUGCAUGCCUCGUAUUAUUCAUUCUAAGAAUUUCCUUCGACGAUCUUCAUCAAUGGGAAACCAAACAACAUUAGACAUUCGAAAAGGUCAUGUUGCAGUAUAUGUUGGGGAGUGUGAAAAGAAAAGAUAUAUGGUUCCAAUAUCAUACUUGAACAAGCCGAUGUUUCAAGAUUUGUUAAGUCAAGCCGAGGAAGAAUUUGGGUUUGAUCAUCCAAUGGGUGGCCUCACAAUCCCCUGUAGCAAGGAUAUAUUUAUUGAUGUCACUGCUCAAUUGAGUGUGAUGUGACAUCAGCUACUAGCUUAGUUUGGUAGAAGCCAAUUUUGUAAGCACUAACUUAGAUAGAGUUAAUAAAAGCCUGUAGAGGGAAGAAAAUGUCUCCCAUGAGAGCUUCUCUUUAUCAUAGAAAAAUGAAAUUAUGACUUUUUAUUUCACAUUCUAAAAUAGUUGAUUUUCUGAAUCAGGAAAUUUGGUUUACUGUUAACAUUAUAAUCUAUGUGAUCCGAUUCUCGGAAUAAAUUAUUUUAGAAUAUUUUCCACUAGCUACUGCAUUUCCAACUGAGAGUUGUUGAAGAGAAUCCUUGAUGAUUUAUGAGAUUUUGUGGUGAUAUGAGGUUUUAGCUCCACCUUUUGUAUGGGGAAAUUUGAAUACUUAUAAGCUAAAUAAGUGUGAAUGACAAACAGGAAAAAUUUGAGGGGCAUUAUUGAUGCCUGGGAAUAACUCCGUGGUGAAAAUAGACAAUUGAAGACAAUAGUUAAUAAUGCAUUGAAUUAUAUUCAUCAGUUGAAUUUUAAAUCAAAUUGUGUUGUAUGGGCUUUUGCAAUGUCAGGAAUCCCCACAGAUUGAGUCUUUAAAUAGGUUUUUGCAGCUAACUAUUUGCAGAACAAAGUUCAAAUAGCCAUAUAGUAUGGGUCGUGGAUUCAACAUUUUGAAGGUCAAGGAGCGAACAUUUAAUGUAACAGUUGUGCUGCUGACCUUGUUUCUCAUUCAUUUGUUCAAAAUAGACAAAUCUAAUUCUUUUGAUUUUAUAUAUGGAUGUAUACAUUUUUAAUUACACAAGAUAUAUCCGUCUUUCUAAUUUCAGACAACUCUUUUGAGGUCUAAGUUGCCUGAAGUAUGGGAAAUAUGUAAUUCGAAACAUAGUAUUGAAUGUUCCUCAAUUUUAAUAAACUCUUCAAAAAAUUAAAGAUAGAGAAAACUUGUUAUCAAGUUUCUAAGUGAUUUAAUUUUAAAUAAUGUAUGUGGUAUGCAAAGAUUACCUUUCAAAAAUUUUGAAUCAUUUCAAAGCCGUCUACCAUGAACUUUUAUUAGCAGUUGCUAUCAGGAGUUCAUGUCUGACAUAUGCCAUGUCACUUAACAUCUUGUCUAGGGACAACUGAUGCGUUUUGAUUAUAUUGAUUUUAUAAGAAUUUAAAUUAUUAUUUACCGACUCUAAUUUCAUUUACUAUCAUGCUCUUUUUCAGACACUUCAAUAGUUUUUGUAUAUUUAACACUUUAUAUCAUCCUUUUUAACAUUAUAAUAUUGUGUCAAAGAUGUUAGUUUCAGUAUAAUGAUAAAUUCUCAUGUGGAGAAAUUGGGCUGAUUGUCUAGUGUGUUUGCUAGUAGCAGUUUGGUUGAUUUUUAAACGAAGUUGCUAUCUACCAAUGAUGCAGGGAUGGUGAUUGAUGAAGUUUUGUGAAUGCUCUUUCGUCAGGUUAUGCUAUGUCUAAAAUAUGCAGCAUGGACAAUGAACUAUGUUAUUUCUGUUGAGAGAAAAUUGCCCAUUUUCAUUGUUCGCGUAUAAAGAAAUGGUAAUUCUACACACACACACACACACACACACACACACACACAAAAGGCAAAAUAAGUGUGACUGAAGAUGGUAUGAUACUCCAUGUUUAAGUUAUUGAAAGAGAAUUCCUAGUGGGUUAUUGAUUCCUAUGAAGAACUAUGAUGAAAUUCUAUAACUGAAAAUGAUUCUUAAUAAUGCAGGGACUUAUUUUAAAAAGUUGAGUUAAAUGAAAUUGUUAAUAUUAUAUUGCAUCUCAUGUGUGCUUUUGCAGUUUCAGGAAUCUGGAGAGUCAAGUAAGCCCAAUGAUUUAAUCUCUAUAUAGGAUUUUGCGGCUCAGUAUUCUUAGAAAAUGUUCUAUAAUAACCCAAUAGCAUGUAUGGUCCAUGCAUUCAACACUUGCCAACCACUUUUAUAGAACAACUGUGCUUCUGACCUUGUUCUCAGCUGGUAGAUUUUUCUUACUUACUGCCAAUUUAUACAUCAACUUAUAUAGAGAAUCAGGUAUGCCUGUGUACAUGCUAUCUUGUUCCAGAGAAAUAUGUGAAUUAAGCUGUCUCAUCCAUGCACUGAUAUGCAUUGUCCAUCGAUUGAAUCAUGAACUGACCAUGAAAACAAUCUAAUAUCUUUGACUUAAUAAUCUAACUUUGACUUGAUAA